AAUAAAUGCAUGGCGGAGAGAAGAGAGACGACAAGACGACGAAUGUUAUGGAUUUCAAUGUGACCUUUAAUACCUAGGACUUGUCUACAGAGAAGCUGACAUUUCAAAAACAAAAUGUCUGACAAAACGUCAGACAGUCAAAAUAUUGAACUUGUGCUCCACAUGGUCAAUAAAAUGUGUGGCGAGUUGGUGGACAAGGGUCUAGAGUACUUUCUGGUGACAGCGGAUUCAACCAAGGCCUUAAACAUAGGCUCAACAAAGGGCAGACAAUUCCUGCAAUCCAACAAAGAUGUUGUACAACGCUUCAUCAAACACUGCUAUAGUUCCAAGGCGACAGUUAGUGGACAGGGUCAGGGGGAGGCUUCAAAGACAAAACCAAUAGAACUGACUGCUACUCCGAAAUCAGUGGGACUGACUGCUACCUCCAAACCAGUUGGAGCAAAUGAUACCCCGAAACCAGUUGCAACAAAUGCUACUCCAAAACCAGUUGCAACGAAUGUUACUCCAAAAGCAGUUGAAGCGAAUGCUACUCCAAAACCAGUCGGAUCAAAUGCUACCCCGAAACCAGUUGGAGCGAAUGCUACCCCGAAAUUAGUUAGAGUGAAUGCUACCCCUAAACCAGUGGAAUCAGUUGCUACUCCUAAACCCGUAGUAACAGCCAACCUAAAACUAAUGCCGUUAGAUAAACAAAUUUCACCUAGUAAAGAAGUUAGAUUGGAGACAAAUGAUGGCAGUUCUUGUAAACAAUCAUCACAACAGGAGAGGGAAGGAGAUGAAACAGUACCUAGUGAUAUUCUGACAGCUGUUAAUUUGUCAGCUGCCUCAUUCAAGGUAAAGAAACAGGUGGCUGCCAGUAAAUCGGCUCAAACUGAGCUCAAGAUGGAAGAUCCUCCCUGUAGCCCCACUGAAGAUACAGCAGAAACAGGUGAAAGUGGUGAAACAAGCUCCCUCUUUGGGAUGUCCCUUCGUGCGAAGCGGAAACGUAAAAUAUUUGCAGAUUGUGAGAUGAGUCCAUUGAUGUCUGGUCGUCAUUCAUUAAAAAAUGAAUUGAAAACUACUACAAUAAAAAGCGAGAAAAAGGCAAAGGUAGAUAAAGUAGAAGGAACUAAUGCUAGAUCUUGUAAGAAUUCUCAGACUUCGAACGAAGAGAAAACGUCAGGGAAGACCAAAGAAGUGAAGUCUGAUGGAGGAAUAUCCAAAAGUCUGUCAGUAAAGUUGGGACCAACGGGAGACAAGCAGACGGAGUUAAAGAAAUGCUCUGUGCAAUUGUCACAUACCUCACUGAUUAGACGCAGAGCAGCAAAAUCUGUCUGCAGCUCAGUCAAGCAAAUUUCAGCAGAAUCCACAACCAAAAGGGGAAGAUCAGAGGAACAAGACAAGAAUAUCACAACAGAUGAUACACAACAAACUGUACAUUCAUCCUCGGACGAUAACUCUGCGGAAAUCUCAGUGAAAGGUGAAUCAGAGCCAGUGAAACAAGAUGCAGAGAUCAGUUUAAAUCUGGAGUGUUCUGUUAAGGAGGACUCUGACAACGACAAUUACAAUGAUGAUGAAAGUGACGAAUUCAAAACAGAUGUUCAGAUGAAAGCGCCGACAAAGAAAACAUCAACUUUAUCAGUUAAGAAAAGUGUGCUUAGAAAGAGAUCAAAGUUUGCUACUCCAAAGGGGUAUAAUUAUUCCUGUUCAAUAUGCGAGAAAAAAUUUAAAGGAUCGGGAGCUUUGGCAAGACAUACUAUUGUACAUGCAAAGCAGUGUGUGGCAUGUGAAAAAGAGUUUCCUGAUCAUGAAAGCCUGUUAGUUCACAGGAAAAAGUGUCAGUCUAUUAGGACUACCAAUAAGCUGUAUCCAUGCGACAAGUGUGAUCUGGUUUGUAUAGCCCCGUGGUCAUUACGGCGACAUCAGUUAGCAUCACAUGAGUGGCGCUGUCGCUACUGUAAAAAAACUCAUAACUCUGAGGAAAGUCUUGACGAGCACAUGGAGAAAUGUAUUGACAAAGCUGUUCGGGAGAGUGAACAACGUGACCGACGCAUGAAUAGUCAACGCCAGGUGUGCGACACCUGUGGUAAAGAAUUUGCUAACAAAGGAAUUUUAAUGUCGCACAUGAGAUGCCACACGGAAGAUGUAAGUUUGCUGAUCAGUCAGAUCUGCGAUGUUGACCUGGACCAGGUAGAUAAGAUUGUAGAUGAUGUUGGUGGUGAGUCCAAGGAGGAUUCACAAGGGACAAAGGAAGUGGCCUCUCCAUCAAAGCAUAAAAAACCCGGUGUUGUGAAAAAGCCAUAUGUGUGCCAGCAUUGUGAGAAGUCCUUCAAACUGCGCUGUGAACUGAACAAGCAUGCAAGAAAUUCCCACCCAGAGACAUAUUGCAUGCGUUCAUUGUACCGUAACGAACGUGACCUUGGUAAGCGGCUUCAAUGUCAGUAUUGCAACAGGACUUCCUACAAUCAGACUUGGAUGAAAGUUCACACCGAGCAACAUGUAAAUAAGGGUGACUUAAAGCUAGAAUCCAAGGAAGAGACAACAGAAAACGAUGUGGCUGUGACUGAAGAGGUUAACAAGUCUAGGUCAGAGGCUAAUGAGUCAGAGGUCGCUGAGCCCGAGGUCAUAGGGUCAGAGGUGAUCAAGUCAGAAGUCAUGGGAAUUAAGCCAGAAAAAUCAGGAUCAACAGAGUCAGAUGGAGAGUUUGAUACAAGCUCAGAGGUCAAAGGUCCAUUAUUGUCUGAAGAUGGCAAUGUAUUGCUGAGUUCACUAAGGUGCAACAUUUGUAAUAUAUCUUUUAAGAACAAACAUGAAUUAUACUCUCAUGCUGUUUCACAUCGUGUGUUUAAGUGUGACAAUUGUGGUAAGAUCUUAUCUAGUGCUGGCUCUCUGAAGAAGCACCUGUUGAUAGCCCACAGUUCAGAACGCAACUUUAUGUGUGAAUGGUGUGGGAAGUCAUUCAAGACUCAACGCUGUGUACAACAACACAUUGGAAAAGUUCACGAAAAUCCAAACUCACGUAAAAAUGUGGAAAACCCAGGACCCUAUGUAUGUUCAGUUUGUGACAAGGAAUUUGAUACCAAACGCCUGUUGACUAAACAUAAAUACUACCACAAGGAUCGUACCACAGCUUGUCCUGUGUGUGAAAAGUGCUUCACCGGGAAAGGGGAGAUGCUGUACCACCUCAAACAUGUCCACUCUGAUGCUCGCAACUAUGUUUGUCAAAUCUGUCAGAAAUCCUACAAGACCAAUUCCUCAUUACGCGAACAUAGGAAACAGCAUCACGAGGGUAGGGAAAGCUGGCGACAUCAUUGUGAUUAUUGUAGCAAGAUAUUUAACAAGAGAAGUCAGCUUAUCUACCACAUGAAGGUUCACACGGGAGACAAACCCUUCCCUUGUGAUCACUGUGGUCUGACUUUCUCCCAGAAGGGUAAUCUAUACAAACAUCUACAGACAGUCCACAUCCGAAAAGUGGAGUAUAGAUGUGAGCUAUGUGGAAAGGGAUUCUACUUGAAGGAGAACUAUCGGCUCCACAUGAGGACACAUGCUGUGGAGAAUGGUACGGCAGCCAUCAUUGGUAACAAGUACGGAGUGAUCAGUCAUUGUACUACAUGUAACCGAUAUUUCCCACGAAAAUGUUCCUAUAAAGCUCAUCUCCUGAUGCACAGACAGGAGUGGAAGUACUCCUGUCCUAUCUGUAAGAAAAAAUUUGUCACUGUGACGUCGUGUACACGUCAUCUCAAGACCCAUCUAAAGUGUCGUAUGACUUCUCAAGAAAUACGUGAGAAAUUCCCUCUAAAGAUUGGUGCAGCACAGAUCUCUGAUAAAUAUUCACACCUGAUAUCCCAGUCCAAGACAGAAGGAUCCGAAGAUGAGAUUGAAGAGAACAAAGAGUCCAAAUCAAUUAUAAUCAAGAAAGCAAUGGCUAAACCUGUAACACCAGAGAAAAUCAAAGUAGGCAAAAAUAACUUCAAGAAAAUGAUGAAGAAUGAUUCAGAAAUAAAAAUGGUCAGUCCAAUGAAAUCGAUGACUAGAGACGAAGGAGAGGCGAGCUUGGCGUUGGAAUCUUUGGCGACGGGUGUGAUAAUUGAGGAAUCACCAGACAUUACAUAUAACUUAGUUCCUGUGUUGGACGAUGCCCCCCAUACAGCUGUAGAAUCAAUCAUUGACACAGCCAGUACAUCGAAAACUGAUGAAUCUGUUAUUGGCGUCCCUGCAACGUCUUUAGCUGUUGAGUCUAUCCUGGACAAUGUUAAUAACGUCAUGCAUUUGGAAGACAGGCUAGUAAUUGAAGACACCGCUGCCAGUACUGAAGAAAACGCUGAAAACACAGAAAUGUCUCCUAGUGAACUUAACGAGAUUCUACAAACUGUGAACUCUCAGGACUUCUUACAGCAGCUUGGUAGUGGAAACAUCAUUCUUGUUCAGCAAGGGGACACUAAGGCUUAUGUCAUGUUGAAUGCAAAAAGUGAUUACAAAUUGGAAAAGAAGACUGAAGAGGGUCCGUCCCAGACACCACAACUGCCUGACUUAUGUAGGAAGCUUGAUGAUACGUCAGGAGAUGGGAUGAUAAAUCUGGAACAAAGCAUUACAGAGGAUACUCUAAUCAGUAAAGAGAACACAGACUGUAGUGUUGGUUGUGUAGACUUUUCUGAUCCUUCAUGCCAUACAUCAACUCACAUUAAGCCAUCAACACUUGAAGUGAGAUCAGAUAAAAUGUCCAUGCCUCAAAGCACUCCAAUCUCUCCCUCAAACACGUCCGACGUCUCUGGUGAGGGUAGAGGAACAGAGGAUUGGAAAAUUCCGGAAGUACCUACCAACACAGAUCAACUCACAUCUGACGUCUCUGGUGAGGGUGGAGGAUCGGAGAACUGGAAAAUUCCCGAAGUACCUACCAACACUGAUCAACCUACGUCCCACGUCUCCGGUGAUGAUGGAGGAUCGGAAAAUUGGAAAAUUCCUGAAGUACCUACCAACACAGAUCAACCGUUGUCUACUGCAUUAAAUAAACGAGUGAUUAUGGAGACAAUGGGACUUACAGAAAAACAGAAAAAAACAGAGGAGACACCUGUCAGGAGGAACGCUCGAAGUGGAGGAAAAAAGGGGGAACCACUUAAAACACCAUCUCCUGCGAGAAAAAGUUCACGAAAUUGUUCUACUCCAGUCUGGCUUGAUCUUAUCCCGAAACGAAAAAAAAGCAUCGAGACACGUUUAGAUUUGUCUUGUAUCAAGAUAGAGCCAGAGGAAGUUGAUAGCAAGAGAGGAAAGAAUGCAAAAACAGCGCAACAGUCUGAAAGGACGUCUGACGAUCAGCAUACACUGAAAGGAAACAUGAAAUCAAGUGACAGACUUAAAAGAAAGAAUUUGGAAGGAGAUCAAGAUGGAACACCAACAAAAAAGUCCAAAAUGAGUCGGUCGUCGAAGACAAAUGACAGCACUACAAUUACAACUGACACCGAGAUGCAUGUAACCUUGAGACAGUUGUCUGAAACACACACACCUGAUGAGGAAGCAUCUGAAACCCCAAGACAGAGAAGAUUGUCUAAAAGAUUGACACUGAAAUCUGAAGAAAAGGCAACUCCACCUCAAACACCGAGACAGAGGCGAUUGUCAAAAACAUCGAAAUGUGAUGGGGAGACAGGUCCAUCUGUAACCUCUAAACCAGAUCAGAUAUCUGAAGCAUUAGUAUUAGAGCAUGACGAAGAGUCAUUGACAAAGGGAUCUGAAAAGGAGACUGGAGAUCCAAAUGUAACUCCCAAGCAAUGUAGAAUUUCCAAAAGAUUAGAGUCUAAGAAGAAGGCAACGGUGACUCCGGAGACCGAGUCCACGUGUGAUUUGUGUGGGAAAGUCUAUAGCACUCCACAGAACAUGCGUCGGCAUCGUAUUACUCACUCAGACUUCAAGGCGUACAAGUGUACGUUCUGCUCACAGCGCUUUCACUACAUCCAGUAUCUAAGGGAACACGUUGUUGGCUGUCUCAACAACCCACAGCGAGUCAAAUAUCGUAACCAUGACCGCAUGAGACCAUCUCCUGUGAUGAUGAAACACCUUUCCAUUGUGCCCUCACCUGACGAACCAGAUACAUUCAUCAACCUACCUUUCAGUCAAAUGUCUGAUAAAUUAUCUGAGGUGAAUGCAGAAGAUGAUAUAAAAAAUCUGACGGCAGAAAACACUGAGGAAGAAAUCCUUGAAGUGUUGAACAAAGUGAAAGCCUCCCAACCCGAGGUUAAUUUACAGGAAGCAAGGCGUAAACAUAGGGAAGCUACUAAAGAGUUUAGGGCUGGAAUCAAUUCAAAGGACUGGAUGACAGAGGACGGACAAUUCAAAUGUAAUGUUUGUAAUAAGAUCAUUUUAAAUCAGUAUAAUCUUUACCGACACCUUCAGACUCACACAGAGUCAAAGCGUUACAAAUGUACCUUUUGUGGGCGGCGCUUCGCUGUGGGACAGUACCUCAAAGAUCAUGUCAUCUCCUGUGUGAAGAACAUCAACCGUGUUACCACAGCAACCAAUCGUCGACAAAUUGAUCCAGAGGUCAAACGGAAAAUUAUAAUCUUGCCUUCAACUGUUGAAGAAGGGACUUUUGUGAAUGCUGAAAUGGGAGAUAAUUUGGAAGAUGUUGAUGUAGAACAUGAGAAAGACGAUAUGUCCACCGAGCGAGAUUGCGAACUUGACCUGGUAAAAAAUGAGGAAAAUGGGGAUGACAAUUCAAAAGAGGGAAGCAAGCAGCUUCUGGAUGAUGAUGGAAAUGACACCGAGGAGGUUUACAAGUGUUCUGUGAGAGAGUGGAACAACUACUACGCCCACCGCUCGUAUGAUGGGACAGGUCGCAGUACAUUCAAGCUGAGCCCACACCUAAUCAGUGUGUUUAAGAAGGAAAAAGAGCUUGGUGAUGAACGUCUGAAGAACAAGGUGGCAACUCCAUACCAUUGCACUGUCUGUAAUUUGAAGAAAUUUAAUCGCGCUGAGACACUCCGCCGACAUCUCUUCACACACACAGGUGAUAGCCAUAAAUGUGAGAUAUGUGGCAUGACCUUUCUUUAUCAAGAAUAUCUCAAAUCUCAUGUUCUCGAACUGCACUUUGCCAUCAAAAGAAAGAGGAAAAGUCGGUCCAUUAAACAGUUCACAUCACAACUCAAAUCACCAGUAUCAGAUGGAAAUGAUGUAGUCAGUGCUGACUCACAAUCAGAAUCAAGUGAUCACGUGACAAAUGAGACUAACAACUCUGAUGACAAGGUACACAGCUCUGAUGACAAGGUACACACCUCUGAUGACACAGCACACAGCUCUGAUGACAAGGUACACACCUCUGAUGGCAAGGUACACAGUUCUGAUGACAAAGUGCACAAUUCCGAUGAAAAAGCACACAGCUCUGAUGACCAGGCUCUUAAAUGUGAAAAUUGUGGAAAUGUGUUUCUGGUGGAAUCAAGAUUUAAUGUUCAUAAGUUGGUUUGUCACAAGAAACAUGGGAAUCGUAAGGCAAAAAUAUUGGGAUGCAAAAAGGAUAGAAAAAGUGUGGGAAAAUUACAGAAUUUUCAAAAACGAAUCCUCUUUCAGUGUGUGGACUGCAGGAAUAAAUUCUUCAAGUACGAAAACCUGUUGUGGCAUCAGUUUAGUUGCCACGGCCUUGCCUCCUUUAGGAAGUGCCCAGUGUGUUCCGUGGCCAUUGACAAGGGGAGCCUAUUGACCCACAUCUUGACCUAUCACCCACAACGUCAGAUUAAGACAAGGUCUGAUGAGCAGAGCACUCCACAGUACAACUUUAAAUGUAACCAAUGUGAUAAAACCUUUACAAAGGAGCUCACCAUGUUGAUUCACCAACAGAAACACAUGGCCAACAGGCAAACUGACCUCGACAAAAGCAACCAAUGCCCGGUGUGUAAGGUAAAAUUCACAACCUUUGGGAACAUGAGGCGACACUUCAACGUCAUUCACAGUGAUGCGAAGCCAUUUAUGUGUCACCUUUGUGGCAAAUCUUUCAAAACAAAUGACACCUUAAAAUGCCAUGUCAAGAUACACAAUCGCGAGAAGUACCUCAACUUCAAGUGUAAAACAUGUGGCAAAGGAUUCUUCAGGAAACGAUUGUUGAAGGACCACGAGACUCUACACAUUCCUGGCGCCACCACUUGUAUGUGUGACAUCUGUGGCAAAAGAUUCCGCCUCAAACCAAAUCUGAGUAAACACAUGAAUAGUGUUCAUAACAUGGAGCGUAACCACGUCUGUGCCACCUGUGGCAAAACAUUUAAACUGAAGGAACAACUUCGAAAUCACAUGCGUUACCAUGUCAUCAAAGAGGGAAAGGUUGGAGAGGUCGGAAACAAAUACGGUAAGAUCUAUAAGUGUGACACCUGUGGGAAGUUCUGCCCGUCAAGUUACUCGCUGAAGAUCCACAAUACGUCUCACUCAUCUGAGAGACCAUACGGCUGUGAAAUAUGUGAUCGAAGGUUUAAGGUGAAGAGCAAGCUCAUGCGACACGUUCAAAAUGUCCACAAUUUAUCAGGCAAAACUCGGCGUCCCAAGAAACAAGCUGAGCGUAAACAAGGCAUGAUGCAUUCUGUGAAGGAGAAAGGCUGGUCGUCACAGGAUGAUGAGAACAUCGCAGAGAGUAUCGUGGAGGUGAUAGUGAAUAGUGAGGCUGAGUUAAUGGAGAACACCAAGAUGUAUUCGCUGUUAGAUCACUCCUAUAGACCAAGUAGCUCGGUCACGCCAUCCUCCAGUUUAACCCACAAUGAUCAGACGGUGAUUGAGGAAGCAGUGAAGGGCAUUACACAGCUGGCAGGGAACAACACUGAGACGGAUUAUAUCAUACAAGAUGUUCAGGAGGUGGAGGAUCAGCCAGGCAUGUACAUCGUUUCAUCAGAUAUCCAGGAAGAAGAUGGCAACGAGACACAGACUUUUAGUCUCAGUGUGGAUGAAGGGCCUAAAACUCUCAUCUACUAUAUCACAACUGACUAGUGUCCUGCUUGAACAAGUGUCUUGUAUAACUGUCCACUCUGAAAGUGUUCAAAUCUCAUUUGAGUGAUGCAUCCAAACUUUGUUAUGUAAAUGUGUAACUUCCUUGUAAAUAUAAGUGAAUAUAAUGAGUUGUAGACAUGUGUUUGACACAGGGAACUUUCACUUUCCAUGUGAUAUUGGAGUUACCCCAUUAUGUCCAAUACAGAGACCGUAUUCAGUUCAGUAUCAGUAUUUCCUAACACUCCGGAUGACGUCUUUGACACUUGUGAACUAACGAUGUUAAUUCAUUUGUGAUGAUUUAUGAUCCUGAAAUUCAGGUAAAUACAUUAGUUUGAAUGUAUUGAGAAGAUCAAGUUCUAUUUCCAGAAUUAUUUUUUCAUUUUGAUGACUUAACGGUAGCCAAAUGGUUAUAUACAAAGUUGUUUGUCAACCUUUGUUUUUUGGCCUGUUCAGCUUUGAACAACAAUAAUCCUCUAACAUACACGAGAUUAUGAGGAUUCGUGAUAGAGACAUCAGUGAGAAGUUAAUACACUGUACCUAAUUUGAUUACUUAGUUAAGUCACUACAGUAGUACGAGGUUACACAUCAGAAUUAUUCUUGAUGUUUGUAAUGUUUAGCAAACUACUGAUGGAUUUGUUAUCACAGAAUGACAACAGACUGGCUUUAACACCAGCACAGAACAGGACAAAUUGUUGAUAUAUAUAUAUAGCCUCGUUUGUACACUGCUUCAUAUUCCUACCUGUAUCAACUAUUUAUGAUACCUAGGUAAUACAUGCUGAAGGUAUCUGUAUGUGUUCAAAGAAACAUUUAGGGAGCAUUAGCAUCACGCCAGCUGUUAUCUUAAAGAAAUAUUGUGCUUUUCCUUGGUAAGAUUAUAUUUGUAUAAGAUCUGUACCUGACAAUUCACCAUUAAAUAAACAUGAUUUUGGAGAAAGUUUGUAUAAUUAUUAUAAUAAUCUUUUAAAUGUGCCUAAUUAUUAUAAUAAUCUUUUAAAUGUGCCUAUCAAAAAUUUCAUCUUUGUUGACAACUUACUGCCUGUCCAUUGCUAACCAUCAGUCAUAAACUCUUAUUUUUCCAGAGAUACCCUUUCUGUUUAAGUUACUGACCUUAUAAAAACAUAAGAGGCUUUACCAGCAGCACUUUAGUUGUGGUUUCCUGAUUUGCAUUUUAAUUUGAUUUGGUAAUAUUUUUGAGAGUUAUUGCCCUUUGUUUUAAACUGAAAUUUAGUUUUUAACGGACUUUUGAUAAACCUUUGAAUGCUUUAUAACCAUUUUGAUCUAGAAAUUUAAAGGAGAGGUAUAUACAGUGCUUUAUAAGUAGCUCUUGGUAGGACGACUGUUGUCUCCUGAUUCUUAUAAGGAUUAAUAUGAUGCAAUGAUGUUUGGGACAGGUAGAUAUUUUCCUGUCUAGCUAGCUCUUUUUACAAUUUAUUGACCAGUAAUAUCAUGGAUCACAUUAAGAUUGAUUUCAACUAAAACAAAAUUUAAUGUUUCAACUUCUAAAUGAUUCAAGCAUGGGUUAGCAAGAGGUGUA